AUGGAAGAGAGACCCAGCUCUCCGCCUCUGCCCGACGAUAUCCUCAACGCCACAGCAGAAGAGAUAUCCACGCGCACAAGGCUUCUGGAGAAUGACAUCAAAGUCAUGCGAUCCGAGCACAUGCGAUUGAGUCACGAACAAGGCACGAUGAGGGAAAAGAUCAAGGACAACGAUGACAAGAUCAAACAGAACAAGGUGCUCCCCUAUUUGGUCGGUAAUGUCGUAGAGAUCUUGGACAUCGAUCCUGACAUCGACGAGGAUUCGGAGGAGGGAGCAAAUGUUGAUCUGGAUUCGAAAAGGAAGGGUAAAUGCGCAGUCAUCAAGACCUCCACUAGACAGACCAUCUUUUUACCCUUGAUCGGCCUGGUCCCAUCAGAAAGCCUCAAGCCUGGCGACCUGAUCGGCGUCAACAAAGAUAGCUACUUAAUUUUGGAUAAGCUGCCUGCAGAGUACGAUUCGAGAGUCAAGGCUAUGGAGGUGGACGAAAGACCGACAGAGACGUAUACCGACAUUGGUAAGUGCCAUGACCGCAGCCGUUUAGUGGGGUGGUAGUGAACCGGCGGUCGUGACGACGUUCUUGUAUGACAGUGCUUACUCAGCGACCGACCGUCCCUCCGUUCCCGUUUCCACCUUGCAGGUGGUCUUGACAAACAGAUCGAGGAAUUGGUGGAAGCCAUCGUGCUUCCGAUGCAGCAAGAGGAAAAGUUCAAGAACUUGGGCAUCAGGCCACCAAAGGGUGCUCUCAUGUACGGGCCCCCUGGUGAGUGGAGUCAUCGAACAAGGCGAUUCGUUUUACACGUCCGCUGACUCAAAGGUUUCUGGCACAGGUACUGGAAAGACGCUUCUCGCGAGAGCAUGUGCAGCUCAAACAAACGCGUGCUACCUGAAGCUGGCUGGACCAUCGCUUGUACAGAUGUUUAUCGGUGACGGAGCGAAGCUGGUGCGGGAUGCAUUCGAGCUUGCCAAAGAAAAGUCGCCAGCGAUCAUCUUCAUCGACGAGCUGGAUGCCAUCGGUACAAAGCGUUUUGACAGCGACAAAUCCGGCGAUCGAGAAGUGCAGCGAACCAUGCUCGAGUUGCUCAAUCAGCUGGACGGCUUCAGCUCAGACAGCCGCAUCAAGGUCAUUGCUGCCACCAAUCGAAUUGACAUUCUGGACCCUGCAUUGCUGCGUUCUGGACGCUUGGACAGAAAGAUCGAAUUCCCUCUGCCGAACGAGGAAGCAAGAGCUCGCAUCAUGGAGAUCCACAGUAGAAAGAUGGCGGUUGGUCCCAAUGUCAAUUUCGAGGAGUUGGCAAGAUCCUGCGAUGAGAUGAAUGGUGCGCAGCUGAAAGCUGUGUGUGUAGAGGUGAGUCAGAAGAGGAAGAGAGGGAGAGAGAGAGAGAGAGCGCCGGGCGGCUGGCUUGGCUUUCUGCUUGCUGAUCGAGGCUUGAAUGGACCCGCAGGCUGGUAUGAUUGCGCUGCGCGAAGGCGCAUCUGUACUCGAUCACGAGCACUUCUUCGGCGGUAUCAUGGAGGUUCAGUCCAAGAAGAAGAACGACCAUAUGUACUUCAGCUGA